AUGGCUGCUAGGGAGCCAUCUAGACACCUGGCUAGGGCACUCCCUAGGGCUUUUGCGCCCUCGGCUCGUCCUCAGGCUUUCAUCGGCCGACGCAAUGCCUCUGACGAAGCCCCGACAAGACGUUUAUCGGAUCAGCUCGAUGAGCUGGAGUCGGCCUCGUCUUUGACCUCGAAGGUCUCCGACAGUGCAGCGAAGUCCUUCGAUCCGGUUACCCGGGCCAAGUCUCGCAGAGCCCAGCUUCCUCGCAGUCGAUACCAAUUCCGAUCUCCUAAAUAUGACCGCGGUCCUCUCCACCCUCACCAACCUCCUGCCCCCUCCGAUCCAUCCUCCCGCCUGUUCGUCCCAGGCCCGUUCUCCCUCCCGCGCACCGAGCAGACCUACAACUCGACCAUCGCAUCGGACAUCAUGACCCUGUGCUACGUGCACACACCCCCUGGCUUCAAGCCUCCCCCAAAGCCCCGCAACCGUCCGCUCCGCGGACCCCGCGGUGGUGAUGUGCUGCGGUUACUGCGCAAGCCAAUCCGAUUCAACAACAUCCCCAAGAUCGAGCGGAUUACCAUCCACAGUUAUGUCAAGCAAGCGGCGCAGGAGAACUCGUCCUGGAUUCACGUUGCCGGUAUCGCCAUCCAGGCUAUCUCCAAUAUGCGCGUUGAGACCUUCAAGUCCAAGUCUAGCGUUGCCACUUGGAGCAUUGCCCCUGGUCGCGACACCGUCGCUGUCAAGGCUGAGCUGCAAGGAGAGAAUAUGCACCACUUCCUUGGCAAGCUGAUUGACGUUGUCUUGCCUCGCAUCAAGGACUGGCAGGGUGUCAAGGGUAGCAGUGGUGAUAGCAGUGGAAACAUCACCUUCGGUCUGGAACCGGAGCAAGUUGCCCUGUUCCCUGAGAUUGAGGUCAACUACGACAUGUAUCCUCCCAAGAUGAUCCCCGGUUGCCACAUCACCCUCCACACCACUGCCAAGGCGGAUAAGGAUGCCCGUCUCCUUUUGAGCGCCAUGGGCAUUCCCUUCUACGGAAAGAUCGUCCAGUAA